AUGCACUUCGCAAACCCUAACAAGAUCACAUCAGUGCCGGAAAGCAAUGCAGUAACACCCAGUACACUUGAAACAAGCCAAACCACAUCAACCGUCGUUUACAAGGCUGAGGUUGACAGCGACAGUGAGGAAGUAAUAUUGGCAACCACACGAAUUGCAGUUAAGUCGAGGAACGGCGAUACGAUAGUCUUGAGAGCACUGAUUGAUCCGUGCUCGCAAUCAAAUUUUGUUACUGAAGCGGCAGCUCAAGUGCUUAAUCUCGAGCGCACUUCAAUCAGCGGAAAAAUUACUGGCAUAUCAUCUAUACCACUGACAACUAAGUCACAAGUUACGUUGAACUUUCAUGCUAUAAGAAAUCCAUCACACAUGAUCACAGCUAAGGCGUACGUCCUUAGACGAAUAAAUUCGAGAUUACCAUCACAAGAGCUCCCAUCAGAUACCUGGCCUUCUUCUGAGAUUUCGGAUCUUGCAGAUCCACACUUUCACAAGCCAGGAUCUAUCGACGUGCUAUUAGGUGCAGUUGUAUAUGCGCACAUUAUUCUUGACGGAAUAAUAAAACGAAAUGAGUCUCUGGUCGCUUUGAACUCAAGAUUGGGCUGGCUGGUAAGCGGCGAAGUUGCGCAGUCUAGCCAUCAGUCACACAAUGUAGUUGUUAUGCACACACAAGUCGAAGUUGAUCAGUUGCUACGUCAGUUUUGGGAGAUCAAUGAAUAUUCACCAAACGUGAAGCCUCUGUCAAAACCUGAUGCAGUG